AUGAAACCCUUUAUUGUACUAGCACUCUGCUGUAGUUUUUUCUCUAGCAGAGCCAUCCCUCUUCCAUUUGAGUUUUCGGACUGUGAUGACCCUGAUGUCUUUAAAGCUGUCGACGCAGCACUGAAGAAAUACAAUGGAGACGGAGCAACUGGUAAUCAAUUUGCUCUAUAUGUGGUGAUGGAAGCAAAGAGAACUGCAGGUCCUGACACACAAUUCCAUGUGAAAUAUCGAAUACAAGAAACCACUUGUACCACUGAGGAAGACAAAGUCUGGCAAGACUGUGAUUACAAACCACUUGCAGAGGCUAAAAUAGGAGAAUGCACAGCUCAAGUUCACAUGAAUAACACUGAAAAAGCAUUACUUGUUUUGCAAGACUGCAAAAUUUUUCCAGCUGUCCCAAAGAUAACACUUACUAAGGGUACCUGUGUUGGAUGCUUCCACCCUAUACCAAGUGACAGUUCAGAAGUGUCAGAAAUUCUGAAACAAGCCAUUCAAAAGUUUAACAGGCAGAGUGCUCAACCCGCCCUUUUUAAGCUUCGGGCAAUAAAAGAAGCUAAAAGACAGGUAGUAGCUGGAUGGAAUUACAUCAUUAAAUAUGAAAUUGAGGAGACUAAUUGCUCCAAAGACGAAUUUCAAGAUUUAACUCCUGAGUGCAAACACACUUCUAGAGGCCAUGUAGGUAAAUGUGAUGCCAAAGCAUACGAAAAUCUUCACUCACAGAUUGUAGAUAUUGCAAACAAAUGCAAGUUUCCAGCUGAAGACACUCGUGACUUCUGCGCUGGUUGUCCAAUCUCAAUCCCAAAAGACAGUUCAGAACUGAAGAACCUACUGAAAAUUUCUGUAGAGAAGUAUAAUGCAGAGAAUGAUGAUGAUUAUUACUACAAAGCUGGAGAAAUAGAAGCAGCAACAUCUCAGGUGGUUGCAGGAGUAAUCUACCGUUUAACAUUUACAGUCUUGAAGACAAACUGCUCAAAGAAAGAGUUCAAAAAACUUGAAGACAACUGUGAAGCUGCAUCAGACACUGCACCAUUGCAUUGUGAAGCACAAUUUUACAUGAGAGCAUGGGAGAAUGAAACCUUUUCCCAGGUUAAAUGCUUUGAAGAAAGGCCAGUGACUGUACUUGUAAGACGACCUGCUGGAUUCACACCUUUCCGAAGCUUUAUUACGCUAGAACAGCCAAGUGAAGGUUCACACUCUGAUAAAAAUGAAGACGACAGUCAAAGACCCGGCAAAGAAACAGGGAGAGAUGGUGGACAGGAACCAGAAAGUGAAGGUGAACCUGAGCAUAACCACAGGCAUAAACAUGGGCAUAAACACGGGCAUGGAUAUAGAAAGGAUCAUGCCAAUGCCUUUGGUCAGACUCAUGAAAUUUGUUGUGGCCAUGGGUGUGGGCAUAAAACCCACAGUAAAUAUGGUAAUAAAUAUGCAAACCCCAAAUCUUCUGAGGAGUCCAAUGAAAGGGUUUUUAGUCAAAAUGAAAGCCUCCCAUCAUCUAGUGCUGAAACAGCAGAGCUAGUUAAUCCAGGGGUUGAAACAAAAGAAACCAGUACACCUGCAGAACCACUAAUUCUUCCUGGUUCUUCUUUAUUUAAUGCAUUUCCAGAUCACCCAGAGUCUCCUCUCCCCGGAUGUCCUGGAAAACCAUGGAAACAAAUUAUAGACCUUCCAGCUCCUAGCUUUCCCAGAGAAUUCACAAAUGAGGAUCUCUUGCCUUCUGCAGUAGAAAACAUCAGUCCAGCAACAGAAAACUCAACACCUCCCCAAAGUGAAGAGAAAAGCCUUAGUCUCUCAGAUGCUUUACCAUAA